AUGGCGAGCCCUGCGCCCCCGCCCCCUGAGACGGAUUUCACGAAACUCGAGAAUGGCUCAGUUGGUUCGCCCGAGUCCGAAGUCCCAGCCCCUCCGGCCGAGACGACGCCCGAGGAGAGCGCAGUCGCCCUUGAACAGAUCGUCGUUGGGAAAGAAGUCGAGGAGUCUGAGGAAACGGUCAAGGCUGUUCCUAUGGAAGACAAGUGGGCGAUAGCAACCCCGGGUGCGGUCUUCCACAAAGUGUGGAACUGGUUCAUGACGCCCCGAAGCCCCCUGGCGGUUCAAAUCGAGGCGCUGCUGACGUUGGGCGUCCUAUUUACGCUCAUCACGGUGAACCUGUGGCUCGCCAUCGGCGAAACCGCCGGGUUUUACGGCACGAUCUUCGCACUCAUGAUUGUCUACCUCCUUUCCAUGAUUCUGGGGGAGCUCGCCUCGCGUGUGGGCACGCAUCCGCUCUGCGGAAUGCUGGUCGCGGGGUUCAUCUGCCGGUACAUACCGGGCGUCAAGGCCGGCCGCGUGAUCGAGCCGGAGGUGUCCAAGUUCAUCCGCGAGUUCGGGCUGUGCACCAUCCUGCUGCGGGCGGGGGUUGCGCUCGACGUCAAACUCCUCUCGCGCCUAGUUUGGCUCUGCUCCGCGAGUGCUAUCAUUCCGACCGUCGUGGAAGCGGCCGUAAUCGCGGCGCUUUGCGUUGGGAUGCUUUCCAUUCCGUGGACCUGGGGCUUCAUGGCGGGAUUUAUUACGGCGGGCGUGGCGCCGGCGAUUGUUGUUCCCGCCCUGCUAGCACUUCAGGACGAGGGCUACGGCGUCGAGAAGGGGAUCCCUUCGCUGGUUCUCGCGGUGGCUGCUAUCGACGAUUGCCUGGCCGUCGUAGGCAACGCAGUUUUCCAAGGCGUCGUGUUCGAGAACCAGUCCAUCGUGCUGUCCAUCUUCCGCGCACCCAUCGAGAUCGCGUUGGGUAUCGUCUUCGGUGUUGUGAUUGGCCUCGGGGGAGUGCUGCUGCUGCCCCGGGAUAAGGCCGAGAUUUCGAACGACAGCGAUAACGAGAUGAGCGCGUCUACACUGUACCUGCAAGACCCGGGGGCAGAGGAGACCGACGAGGAGACGCCAGCUGUCACCAAGCACGAAUCCAAGUUCGAGAGCCUCCGGAAGCACGUCGCGUCGGGGCAGUCCCUCAAGGCGCUCCCCCAAUCGGGGGACACACAAAGGGCGAUUUUGCGCACGCUUUACAUCCUCGGGUUUGGUCUUUGGACGGUACUGAUCGGCGCCCGCGAGAAGUACAGCGGGGCCGGGGCGCUAGCCAUCGUCGUUCUUGGGACGGUCGCCGCGCAGGGUUGGGGCCGCGCCCUAACCAAGCAGCCCCGGCUGUACCUGCUCUACCUCUGGUCGCUCUUCGUGCAACCCCUCCUCUUCGGCGUCAUCGGCACCCAGAUCGACAUCUCCUAUUUCAAGGGCUCCUUCCUCUGGAAAGGCGUCAUCAUUAUCCCGAUCGCGUGUUUCGCGCGCAUCGGCGCGACCGUUCUCGGCGCGUCUGGAACGAUGCUCAACAUGGGCGAGCGGCUGUUUCUCGCGCUGGCGUGGCUUCCGAAAGCGACGGUUCAGGCGGCGCUCGCACCACAGGCGCUUAGCUCGGCAGAAAAGGCCAAGGACGAAAAGAAGAUAGGCUAUGCGGAGACGGUAUUUGCGGUGAGCAUGCUUUCCGUCAUCCUCACCGCCCCCCUCGGUGCGAUGAUCCUCAAGGCGGCGGGUCCGAAGCUCCUGAGCCGAGUUGCGGACGGAGACAAGCUCAAGCACUCCAAGACGAUGAUUCACCACCGUUACCACUUGCCCAAAGCCCACAUGUUUGGGUUCCAUUUCCAUGGGUUCCACGGUUUCCAUGGGUACAAGUCGGCCAUUGGGAAGAAGUACUAGGAUACGCGUGGGGCUUGGCGAAGUACCCACGUUUUAAAUGGCGUAUAUACGUCAGUAGGUAAGUCUUCAUGUAUAGACGAGUUGGAUUAGGCCAUUGCUGCGAAAGGCAAGGUAUUAAGUAGGCAAAGACGCGAUACGUCACUUAUUGAAUGGCAUACAGCCAUCACCUAAUUGAAAAAAGUUGCUUAUUGAUUUGACUUGCUGACGUAGCCUGGUCAAGUUACGGUGAUAUUGCCCUAAGACACUUUAGCUCACAGAAUAGCACCGCCGCAUAGCUUACAUUCGUGCAAUUGGUUAUAUCGUAUAUGAUUCGUUGAUUGCUUAUAUAAUUUGACGCUUGUUGUAACUGGAUAGUUGUUACUUGUUUAGAUGUAAAGGACCAGUCGCGUACAGAUAGUGGAUAAAGAAUCGAAGGUCAAAUACCAUUCCGCUAUACCGUAUGCGAAGUGGCUUCACACUAAUAGCAACAAAAGUUCAAUACUCAUGAAGUAGCUUUCGGAUUAUGAUCAUUGGAUCAUUGCGCUG